GAGCAGACUACAGAGUCUCCAUAGUCUCUAGUGGGGGGCCCAGGGCCUGCCCCCCACCCCACACUUCUCCACUUCUCGUCAGCUGCUGCCGCUGAAGAGUGGUGCGUACGAACGCCAACACGAUUCAGCUACUAGUGAGCGCUAGCGAUACGAGAAUUAAGGCGCAGAGAGCAAAACUCGAGGGAUAAAAAUCGCGGGGAUCGAUCGAUAAUCGAAUUAUUUAACCGGGAUAACAAGUUAAAGUUCAUCUAAGAUUGUGCUGUGACGGUGUUAAAUCGAAUAUCGUCGACGGAAUCCUCAGCCGAUUUGCCGGUCAACCCCGUAGAACGAGAAAACAAAAGAGAGAAGAAGAGGAAGUAGCGGGACCGAAUACAAAUAAAAUAAAAUAAAAGGGGUUGAAAUCGUUCAAGUUCGCCCGAUAAAACAGGGACCGCUCCGAAAAUUUCACGGCAAAACAAGGGUUGUUGGAGCGACAAAAAAAAAAAAGCUUUGUUUUUGAUAAUUGAGAUGACCCGUGUGUCGAUCGUCAAACUUUUCAAAAGCACCGUUUAGAGACCAGGUCAAUCAACGGCAACAACUUGUUAUUCAACGCAACAAAGUAACGGUGUGCAGUACAGCAAACGAACAGCCAAGGGCAACAGAAAAUUUAAUCCGAGCAUACUUGUUUCACGAUCGUUUAGCUAACGGCGACACGUUCGACGAUGGCGUGAACUCUGAGAAUUGUUUUUAUUUAGGAUUAAAACGCGACGAUAUCAGAAAUCGUGUAGCACGAAAAAGAAGAAGAAGAAAACAGUAACCCGCAGUGUUCUGUUGACUUGGACGAUCGUACGUUGAAAGGAUUUGAAUGUACCGUAAAGGAGAGGCGUAAUCAGGACAUAAAAAGAGAACGAAAAGAAACGUAAUCAUGUACAAGUUAUUGGGAGACUUGAAAGACUACCUAAAAUGGCAGGACAUAACGACUGAUUCUAUGAUAUUCCGAAUGCACAAUCUGUUCACAACGGUUCUGCUGCUAACUUGUUCUCUGGUGAUAACAGCGACCCAAUACGUUGGAAAUCCGAUUUCUUGCAUCGUCGAAGGCCUACCAAAACACGCGAUCAACACGUACUGCUGGAUCACCUCAACGUUUACGAUGCCUGACGCUUUCGCUCGCCAGGUCGGGACGGAAGUAGCUCAUCCAGGUAUAGCAGGUGACUUCGGUAACGUAACAGCGCGUAAAUACUACACCUACUAUCAAUGGGUCUGUUUCGCCUUGUUCUUCCAGGCAGUAAUGUGUUACAUUCCACAAUGGCUUUGGAAUACGUGGGAAAAUGGUUUCAUGAGAGCACUUAUUAUGGGAUUGAAUCGUGGACUGUGCGCCGAAGCUGAAAAAUGCAAGAAAAAGUCAAAGAUGAUCGAUUAUAUCUUGAAACAUCGCACGAGACACAAUCAGUACGUCUACCGGUAUUACGUCUGCGAGGCUCUUUGUCUCGUUAAUAUCCUGGUGCAAUUAUACCUAAUGAAUCGUUUCUUCGACGGAGAAUUCCUAAGUUACGGAUGGCGUGUGAUCAAAUUUUCCGAAGCACCUCAGGAAGAUCGUCGUGACCCAAUGGUCUACAUAUUCCCACGUGUUACGAAAUGCAUUUUCCACAAAUACGGUCCUACCGGUACCAUACAAACUCACGAUUCGCUCUGUAUCUUGCCCUUGAAUAUCGUCAACGAAAAGACCUACAUAUUCGUAUGGUUUUGGUUCCUGAUAUUGACCGGGCUUUUAGUCUGUCUUCUUUUGUAUCGCGCUGCGAUUAUUUUUCUGCCUUCGGUUCGACCGCGUUUAAUGCACCUGAUAACGCGCGGUACAUCGAAGGAAACUUGUCAGAGUGUGAGUCGCAAAACUGACCUAGGGGAUUGGUGGGUACUUUAUACCCUUGGUUCAAACAUGGACUCGUUGAUCUACAGAGAUUUACUUCAGGAAUUGGCAAAGAAAAUGGGUGAUCAGCAUUCCCAAGCCGUUGCUUAGCGAUUAUUUUGAAAAGCCAUUUGUCUAAUUCUUAGACAAAUUCCAAAACUUGGGGUUUUAGAAAAGUCAGUUUUGUUUCAAGCAAAAACAAAACGAGUUUAGAUAACGACCGAUUGCCUCGAUCAAUCAUACUAUAUAAGCAUAGAGAGAAUUAUUGACCAAAUUUUUGUCAAGAGUUGCUAUUGGAGUUCGAAAUAUUCUUCAGAGCUCCGCUUAGGUGUAGCGCCAAGGCUAGAUAGUGAUAAUCGAUCGUCCCACAAUUGUUGUGCUGGUUAAAAAGAAAAGUAAAAAAAAAAAAACAAAAAGGAAAAUUUCCUUCGAGUUUCCUGGGAUUUGCUUUUACCCAGGAUUACCUUCUAUUUCAUUUCGUUUUCAUUGUAUUAUGUAACUAUUUUUUUCUAGAUAAAACGUACACAUGUGUUCACAUUACCUGAAACUCACAUAUCUCUCAUUCAGUUUUUAUUUUCUUCAUUGUUAUUUUUAGUUUUUUCAUCAUUUUUUUUAUCAUUCCAAUUUUGACAAAGUUUACGCGUCAGCUCAAGUGUUGAUUCUAUUAAUUACGUUUUUCAUCCUCGAAAUAACUGGGAAUCUCGCGCAAAUUAUUAUUAUUGUGACUUGUACUUUUUUUUUCUUGUUUUUUGUCUUCAUUCAAAUGAGAGUAAAACAAAAAAGACUGAUAAAGUCUGAGAACUGCUCACUGCACAAACGAUGAUGCCUUUAAAUAUAAUAAUUACAAUACGAUAUACACAUAACUAAUAAUACAGUAUUUUGGAUAUUUUUAGAUUCGUUAAAGAUUAUAUCUACUCAUCGCGAAAAAGCGAAAAGAUUUACUCGAAACUGAAAACUCAUAAGUGUAAUCUCUUCAAACAUUACUUGACGAAAGAAUUUACCUCGUGAAGUGGGGUGUAUACGUACGUACAUACAUAGAUGUGUAGCGUAAGCAAAUUAUACGUCUUCCACGCCCGACUGCAUAGUUAACAGAUGAAGUAAUCAGAUUUUUUUUCAAGGUUAAUCUACGUUUGAGUAAAAAGAAAAUAGACAUUCGUACGAGGGAUUUAUAAGUCCAGUUGAUUGAUAUUUUUUAAAGAAAGAAAUAAAAAAAAAAAAAUUGAUAAGUACAACACUUAUGGAUUUCGCAUUGAUAAAACAAAGUUGCAAAAACGUGAUCAUUAUUUUGACGGGCUAUUUUAGUUAAGAUUAUUCAGUGAUUGAAACGGACUUUGAUAACUCUAUCGUGCUCAAAGCCACCCUUAUUACGCAUAUCGUCCGCACGUCUCUUUUCGUGUUCAACGAAUUCGAUCAAUCACAUGUAUAUCAUUUAAGAGAAAAAAAAACAUAUAUAUUUCUAUCGCUAUUCAUCGCUCUUUCAGUUACAAUCUAACUAAAAUUAUCUCCCAUUCUCGCAUACAUAUAUCAAAUACACAUUUAUAUGUACGCAUGAUAUGUAUUAAUUUUCUUCGAUAAUCUAAUUUGUAUAGAUGAUAAAUUUCCAAAAAAGACCAAUAUGUACACGUCGCACAGACAAGUGAAAUAGAGAGAACGGAAGAGACAGAGGAAAAAAGACAAAGUAGACGAAUGAAAAAAAAAACAUAUUAUGACGUCGUGUGAUCUUAGCCUUUAGGGUACCCCGUAAGUUUCUACAUACGUUUAAGACAUGCUCUGAUAUUAUGUUAUAUGUAUAGGAAAAAUUAAAGACAUUUACUACGAUAAAAA